CGCUCACGCGCGCUAUAACAACACGCAACGCCGAGCCGUGCGGACGGUCGCCGCCAUUUUUCCGCGGGAAAAAUUCGCGCCAAUAUUAUGUGAAUUUGAAUUACGAAUUGUUUCUUCAAGUGUCAAUAUGUUUUUUGUGCUGGUUGCAUUUGUUGGCGCUUGCAACGCUGUCUAUGGGCAAGAUGUAAACACAAUGAUGAACAUGCCUAAAUACGAUGCAAGAUACGAUUACUUGGAUGUGGAUGCGUUGUUUAAUAGCAAGAGAUUAGUUAGGAACUAUGUGGACUGUUUAAUUAAUUCUCAACGGUGCACACCUGAAGGGAAAGCUUUGAAAAGGUUACUUCCAGAAGCAUUAAGAACGAAAUGUGUCCGCUGCACAGAAAGGCAGAAGAGAACAGCAGUGAAGAUUAUUAAAAGACUUAAAAGCGAAUAUCCUGACGAGUGGGCUAAACUGGCAUCGAAAUGGGACCCAACUGGAGACUUCACAAGAUACUUCGAAGUGUUUUUAGCAAAUGAACAAUUUAAUACCAUAUCUGGAAAUAGUGAUAAUCCAAGUUCUCCACAACCCCCAGCACAGCCUGUGCCGCAGCCUAAUCUGCUGUCUGUAUUGUCAACCGGAUCCUCAACAUCACGGCCACUCACCAACCCGACUACUAUAUCACCAUCGCCCCAACAACCACAAAAACCAACCAUAUCUACACCACCCAGACCUUUACUACUUAACAGGUUCGCAGAUGAUGGAGAGUUGAUGAUCAGUAGUCCAUCAUCAGCAGUGGCUACUCCAAGGACAACUGUUCCACCUAUCAACUCCCGCUCACCUACUACGAUGCGGACAAGGCCAACACCAGUGGAUUGGGCGGCUGUUGGUUUUGACACAAUGCCAACCGUGUUCACAUAUCGACCGAUUGACAACAAUGAAGCCUACACAACAGCAAUCACUUUCAUCGAUCAAAUCGGAAACAAAAUUAUUCGUACAACCGAAUUCGUCGCGGACAUAUUGAAGAAUACUGUUCGAGCGGUCGUUGGCUGAACGCGACCAAAGCCGAUGAUAAUCUGUUAAAAAAAACGGAUUAUUGGCUGUUAUUUUGAUAGCAUAACUAUUUAUUUUUAAUUUUUAGUUUGCUAUACUUUGGCUGAACGUCAAUUUCCCGUUGGGCCUACCGAUUAAUCGGCCCAGCAGCAUUUUUUACCAUUGAAUCUAUAGUAAAAAUAUCCGUUGAGACUAUUGAUCAAUAGGCCGAUCGGCCCAACAGGAAAUACUCAGGCCCUUGCCUUUAAUUAAUUUAUUGAAAAGUAAAAUAUUACUGAAAGAUGUAGCUUUAAGUUGCGACAAUUUUCAAACAAUGGUAAAAAACCUUCGUACAAAUGUGUUUUGUCUCGAAAGUCAAUUUAAAAGUAAAUAUUUUGCUGU